AACAGCUUGAAUCAUCUCUAUAUAAACACCUCUUACAUCGAAUUGUUAUUAAUCUCAAGUAAGCUAAGCUAAAAUCAAAAUCACCACUACAUCUACAUUUCAAUUCAAUUACUACUCGAUCGUUACUGCUCAACAUCAACAAAUGGCUUUCAGAAUAAUUGGUUUGAAUGAUCCAAUUUUCUCAGGUUUUGAAGACAUAUUUGAUGUACCAGACCAUGAAGUUGAAAAAUCAGCCACACCAUCAAAGAAGUAUGUAAGAGAUGCAAAAGCGAUGGCAGCGACACCAGCAGAUAUCAAAGAGUACCCAGAUUCGUAUGUGUUUGUAGUUGACAUGCCAGGGUUGAAAUCAGAGGAAAUCAAAGUUCAAGUGGAAGAUGAUAACGUGCUUGUCGUCACAGGGGUGCGUCAAAGAGAAAGCGAGAAGGAGAAAGAAGUGAAAUAUGUGAGGAUGGAAAGAAGGAUUGGGAAGUUUAUGAGGAAAUUUGUGCUUCCAGAGAACGCAAAUAUUGAUGCAAUUUCAGCUGUUUGCGUUGAUGGUGUGCUUACUAUUACUGUUCAGAAGUUGCCUCCACCUGAACCUAAGAAGCCUAAGACUAUUCAGGUCACAGUUGGGUAAAAGUACUGCACUAGAUGUGAUCAAAAUGAGUGUCUGGUUGUUUUUCUUUCUUUUGUGUGUCUAGUUCUGUGUUGUUUGGAGUCCUGUACUUUUGUCAAAAUUAAAUAAAAGUUUGUUCGGAAAUAAUUUGGUUGAUCAAAA